GUUGCGGAAUCCGCUUACAAUGCACAAAAUGCACAGUUUGGCCUCGUAAUGUUUCGAAUUGUUUUUAAAAGUUUUGACGUAAAAUUUUGAAAAUCACCCAUAUGACGAAUUUGGGAUAAUUAACGCGCAAUAUGUUGAAAUGAGGCAAACAAUUUAGUCUGGUUAAUAAGCUACUAGAAUCGAAAUAUAUCAUCUUCUACUUGAUAUAGCUUUUGGGGGGAUAAAUGGAAAAAGUUGCGAAUAAUUUUAUUUUAUUUUACUGAGCAUUUCAUCUGUUUGCCUAACGAAAGUCUUCUCAUCAGCCUGUCAGAACAUUACGGUAUCGGGCUCUUACGAGCAAUUUUGUAGUUUUUGUGUUCGAACGACGAUAAGGUGUUUUUUAUGGGGUUACAAUAUUGUAAUUCAAACCCGUUUUUUUGCUGGCGUGAAGUUGAGCUCGAUGAAAUAGUUAUUUAGGUAAAAUGGUUAGUUAAUUGUUGUGAAAUUUGUUUUUAUCUUUAACUGUUUGUUAUCCUAUCAGCAAAGUCUGAAGUAAAUUAUUAGAUAAGAAAUUUUGAGAGAAAAGCGUGAAAAAUGUUUAAUUUCAUCUGUUCAAAAUUGAAGUUGCAACUAUUUUGUCCGAUGACUGUUUGUGUUUCUCCUCAGAAGGUUCCUAAAAAAAUGGCUUUUGUUGCGCUUUGUUGUUCACGCUGCUAUUCUUUGCAAACAAUCUUGUUUGAAAUCAUAAUUUUUUGGUGAAAAUUUGAAAAAUAUUGGGAGCCACUCACGAGAGAAAAGGCUAACAUAUGGGCUGUUACUCUUUUUCAGGGAGAACCGCCCUUUUUAUCCUGACCUUUAUGCAAUUUUGGAUAUUUUUUGGGAUGGAAAUGUUGCGCUUGAUGCAACCCUUGAUGCGCUUGAUGCAACCUCUUUUUCAGGGAGAACCGCCCUUUUUAUCCUGACCUUUAUGCAAUUUUGGAUAUUUUUUGGGAUGGAAAUGUUGCGCUUGAUGCAACCCUGCGGCAAAUAUUUAGCGAUGCUACUCCAUCUUAGCGGUCGAAUUUAAAAUGGUCGAUAUAUAGAUUCAAUUAGUUUCUGGACCAUUCUUAAUGGGGAAAGGGAGCAAGUAAAAGAAAAUAAGUAAUCAGAGCGCAUUCCAACAUAUUUUCUAAACAUUUCUCAGAUCCCGAGAAAAUUUGAGGAAAAUUAACAUGCGGAUGAUCAGUUUUGGCAAAGUAAAAUUUCUCUAGAGGUUCAAAAUGGAACUCCAGUAGCAGUUUUGGUCCAGCUAUAAAAAAGUGAUAAUAGUUUUUUAAACGUAUUUGAAAAUCUUACAUCUGCCCUUGUAUUGCAUACAUGCCUAUCUAUUGUCCGAUUAGACUAGUCUUAUUCAAGAAAUCAGUUAUGCUCUAUCAGAUAUUUCUUUUCUCAAAGUAAUUGGAACUAGCUCCUCUUUUUCAGGCCACUCUACGUGCCCCAAAUUCCAUCACGCUUUAAUCUGACUCAGAGGGGGGACAAAUCACGACCAGAAGACAAUAAUGGGGGAGGGGGGAUGAACUCCCUUCCAACUUCACUCUUAUCUCGUUCACACCAUUCCCUUUCGGCUCACCAUUCUCGCAACUCAAUAGCCGAGAGGAACCGGCUCACUGCCAAUAACCCAAACACGAGCGACGACUCUGAGUUGGGGACCAAUCAGAAUCAAGCUGCGAACAAUCGGUUCAGUCGACAUGCUUUUGACAAGAAUUCUUCCGACCAGCCAGCGAAAGACUCUUUACGCCAUAGAAGCAUCCCAGAAAUAGACUCCAAUAGUAAUUUACUGAAGGUUCCGAAUUACAUGUUGCCGAAACCUCGAAAUUCGGAUCUGAAUGCCCCGAAAACAAUCCCGAUUAUAUCAGCCGACAGUAAUCUAAUCAAACAUACUGCAGCGUCUAAGAGCAAGUCGUCUCUGGUAGACAUCGACCAAUCAGGAUCAGGCUUGGGCGAAGCUUGGGGUAAAAUGAAAAUGACCCCGGGCCAAUCAUUACAACCUAACGUCCCCCCUCCGCCGCCGCACGCCAUUGCGCGGGAAAAACCGACAACAAUCCCGCCCAAAUUAACCCCUCACAGUGAAACUACAAGGUCAAAGAAACUACCUGCUUCUCAGCUUUACCCUUCUGUCAUUCCGCUCUGUUGGACUAACCCGGAAAAUCAUAACACAACUAACUAUCAUAAUACAGUUGCUACUUCAGUCUCUAUUUUGACCCAUGUGAUUGGUCCAGAAUUAGCCAAUCAGCAGACAGAACGGCGACGCAUAGUGCUUAACUACGGUAAUGCCCUUCAUUGCUCCACGAAAAUGCCCUCAAUACGGACUACAAUUUUGCAGAGGGAAAAAUACCGGGCCGAAGUAGAAGGCAACAGGUCGAAAACACGGAAAAAGGGCUGGAAAAAGUCAGAAAACCCGUUCGAAGUUCAAUGUUACAACCAGAAUCUGUAACGAGAAUGUCCAAACUAAUUAAAUUGUUUUACUGUUUGUAUCCAAAUUAGCUAUUUGCCUGCCAGUAGCUUUAUUUAUUUU